UUAAGGCUUGAGGCUUUGGUGUUAUGCUAAUAACGUGUUUGAAUGUGAGAUUUCCCCUGACAAAGGGGGGAAAGAUGAGAGGGGGGAUGGUGAACAAGAGAGAGAGAGAGAGAGAGCGAGAGAGAGAGAGGAGUCUUGGUGAGCUCGUGGUGGGCGUGGCCACCGAGCAGAGCGCUUCCUGCUCGGAUGAACACGUGGUUCCGUGUCUGCCUCCCUGCCCGCCUGUCUGUCAGUGUGUGUGAAGGUUUCCAGCCCUUCUCUCACUCCUCUCUCCCUUAUUUCUCCUUCAACACAGCAGCAGACCUUCUCCUUCCUCUCUCUACUCCUCCGUCCCACCCUAACCCGCACCUCCUCCUCUUCCUCCUCCUCCUCCUCCUCUUCCUCCUGCUGCUGCUUCUCCUCUCUGCUCGGCUCCGGGUCUGACUGCCAGCAGCCAGGCCGCGGUCACUUCAACGUGUAUCAGAGGGUGUGUGUGUGUGUGUGUGUGUGUGAAAGUGUGUGUGUCAGAGAGAGAGUGAGUGUGUGAGUGAGGGUGCAACCGGUCCAUCCCGUGUUAUCUGUCUCUCCCCGCUAUCCCGCCUCGUUGUUUGGAUCAUGACGCUGGAAGCGAUCCGCUACCGGGCCGGCUCUCUGCAGAUCAUCAACCAGCUGCUGCUGCCUCACCAGACCGCGUACGAUGAGCUCCGCUCGGUGCAGGACGCCUACGAGGCCAUCAAGUCCAUGAAGGUGCGGGGCGCCCCGGCCAUAGCUAUCGUCGGCUGCCUCAGCCUGGCUGUGGAGUUACGGGCAGGCGCCGGGGGCGAUGACCCCGUGACCUUCAUCAGAGAGUCUCUGUGCCACCUGACCUCAGCUCGGCCCACCGCCGUCAACAUGGGCCGCGCCGCCCGCGAGCUGAUGGAGUUUGCCGAGAACGAGAGCAUGGAGAAGAACUCGGAGCAGCUCAGAGAAAGUGUAAUUGCCUGGAUCGAAGACAUGCUGGAGCGUGACGUCAAUGACAACAAGAAGAUCGGUAACUAUGGCGCCCAGCACAUCCUGUCUGGCGUUCCGAGGGACCCCGUGACCAUCCUCACGCAUUGCAACACCGGCUCGCUGGCCACAGCUGGAUACGGGACCGCGCUCGGCGUGGUGCGAAGCCUCCACGCGCUGACUAGGCUGAAGCGCGUGUACUGCACGGAGACGAGGCCGUACAACCAGGGAUCCAGAUUGACUGCUUAUGAGGCGGUGGCAGAGGGAAUCCCUGCUACGCUCAUCACAGACAGCAUGGCGGCCCUCACCAUGAGAGAAAUGGACAUCACAGCUGUGGUGGUGGGUGCAGACAGGGUGGUUGCCAACGGCGACACGGCCAACAAGGUGGGCACAUACCAGCUGGCCAUUGCCGCAAAGCACCAUGGGAUUCCCUUCUAUGUGGCCGCACCCAGCACGUCAUGCGACUUGAGCCUGGAGAGCGGCAGGGACAUCAUCAUUGAAGUGCGCCCCCCCGAGGAACUCACCAGUAUAAACGGAGUCCCCAUCGCUGCCCCGGGUAUCGAGGUGUGGAACCCGGCGUUCGACGUGACCCCUCACCAGCUCAUCACAGGAGGCAUCAUCACAGAGCUGGGAGUCUUCCUCCCCUCUGAGCUCCAGGCGGCGCUCACCGGCCGCCUCACCGCCCUCUAGAGCCACUCAGCCCCACCUGCUGGUCCGUGUGCACCACUGCACCUUAACGUCACACACUCAGAGACACUCUCAUUUCAUCACAGAACACACACACACACACACACACACACACACACACACACACACACAGUCAUAGUUGUGGUUUAAUUUAAUUUUGGUCAACGCACAGUCACUGUUACAUGUCAGUGGUGCACACAGAAGAAAAUCUGUUCUUCAGUCUCUCACCCACACACACACACACGUAUUCACUGCAGGGAGUCAAGCAGACACACGUGCAGUCUCCCCUUUCUUUCUUUUAUAACCCUCUUUGUUUUCUGUAGUCUUACAAUUUCAUCAUAUCCAUCCCAUCUUCCAUUCUUUCUUGCCGCCUCUUUCUCUUUCUAAAUGGCUUCUGCGACAACGAAUUAGCUCUCGGCUGGACUCAAUCCCUUAAAUUCUAUUUGGCAAAAAGAAAUAUGAUUUAAUUCUUCUUCAACUACAAAACAAAAAAACUUCCAAAAGGUCUGUGUUUUUUUUAUUUCAAAGUAGUGUUUUUUUUAUCAGCCAUGGUUUCUAAAAUGCUGCUACCCACUUGUAAAUAUACAUAUUCUUGCUGGUAGUGUGUACAUAUGUAGAAAACUAACCCCUGCUAGUAAAAGGUACUGCUAUUUUAAUCAAAGAUGUGGUUAUUUGAAAUUAAAAAUUUGACAUCAAAAAUGUUAUAUUAACAUUUAAUUUAUUUCGUUCUGCGUAGAAACCUUUUGUAGAGGAAUAAUCCAAAUUUCUAGCACAUCAAUUUUCUCAAGCAGAUUUUCAGUGAUAUCCACAAUUGUAUUUCACUUUCGCUUUUUACCCCGUGCGGCAAAAUUCCGAAUUUUUUGAUCGAUCCUCGUUAGUCAGCUGAAGCCUACGUCAACACAUGGCUGUAUUUAUACCUCACUCCUUGUUUGUAUCUUGCUAUUCCCAGUUGUACUGUAUCAUACCACACUUGUAUUCUCAUAAUGUACUUAUAUAUAUGUAACCAUACUUAUUUCAGCACCAUACAAAUAUUCACCAUACUGCACAGGAUGCUCUGUAAGAAUGAAAAAUCUAAAAAAAAAAAAAAAAAAAAAAAAAGGGAAAUUGUGUCAUUUUUGCCAUAACAGCUUUUGCUGUGAUCUCAGAGGUCUGUUAUGCUGUUGUAUUUCUGUAAUACAGGCAUCACCAUUAAAGGAAUAGUUCACCCCAAAAUGAAAGUUUGGUCAUCUGCUCACUUGCAUGUCAGUCAAAAAAUACCUAUGCAGCUUCAGGCUUAUCUCAAAUUAUGUUUUAAAUAACAUCGUUUUACAGGCUAGAAAAAUUUAUUAAAAAAAAUAAUCAAAUGAUAAGUUGAUAUCUCGAUAUUUCCUGAAGCACUCUGCUUGCCGCUGAAAAGUGUGUUCGGCAUCAGAACAAUACAGGAAAAGCUAAAUAGCUUGACAUUGGCUUUAAAAGCUGCAAAAAUCAAUAUAUCUUUAUAUUAACAAUGGAAAAAAAAUGACUACAUGUAAUGUAGUUUUAGCUUCUUUAAGCUCAUUGUUUUGGUUUUACAGCCCGAACCUUCACUGUCUUGAUUCCCUCUCACUGCACUUAUCAACCUCUUUUUUUAGUCUUAAAGGAAGCUGUUUUCAGUGAAAAAGCAGUGGUAAGCCCACUCUACACUACCUGUUUAGCACCAAACAACAGACACAGUAAGCAACUUACUAGUUAAUAUCCCCCUCAGGAGUUGGUGGAGACCAGAGGAGAGCUGAAUUUAGAGUAAAUAUUGGGCUUACAUUUGUCAGUUGGACACAAACAUGACCCCGAAUGCGUGAUUGUGUUGCUCUGUGUCCACAGGAUGUGUAAACAUGUCUUAACAACUUUAUAAGGUGGUAAUAUGUCAAUGUUGUGUUUACAUCUUAUUAUGCUGCUCCCGGGUGGCCAAAAAAAGCAAUUAAUGCUAAAGACCCACAGUCGUGACAUUAUGCAGGUAUUAGAAAGUGUUCAGAAAAACAAAGGCAUGUAUUUUGAUUCACAUUUCUAGAUCUGUAAAAGGAUGGUUUUAACUUCAGUUACUCAGAAGUCUACACACUUCGGAGUUAGUCAAAAGCUUGACGUGGGGAUGAGCAGUAGGUGACUUAAUGUCUUUAUUUUGAGGUGAACUAUUCCUUUAAGAUUGGGGGUAGGGGGGUCUUAUCCACACUGCCGUAUCUGUCUGCAGAAAGCUCUGCGACACAUGGCGUUAUGCCACCAACAAUCAGAAUGUAACAUUCAACUUUCUUUUGUCGGGACAGAUUUCAGACACUCGGUCACUUCUUGCCUUUGUGCUCUGUUCAGAAUGUGUUUCGACUGUUUGGAUUAAUCCCUCCUCAUUAGUGAAAUGCUGUUUUACUCCAGACUGACUUCCAUCAGACUUACUCCAUGAGAUCAGGGCCGUGGGCGGCUGAAGACAGGUUUUGUCCUUAGUUACCUUUUCUAGCCCUGUCAGCUAUGAGUUAAUCUCUUCUUGAUCCUGAAGAUGAAGUUGCAGUUAACUUUUAGAAGCAAACUGAGUAAAGGGGAAAAAAUCUAGUCUAGAGCUGAAAUUAUUACUCCGUUAAAUUAACAGAAAAAAAAACACUAUUUGGAUAAGAUAAUCGCUUAUGUUAUUUUUUAAGCAAAAAUGUGAAUAUUUGCUAUUUUUCUCAGUUUAAUAUUGAUCAUUAAUUGCAGCCCUUCCUUCAUCACACACCCUUAUUGACUUUCUAAUUUAUAAAUAACAUUGCAGCAACCAGUUUUAACACCUGACAGUGACCUACUAUUUACCCACAGCCAGUAGACUGUUAUUGUGUGAAAGGUGUAUGACUGAGUUCCUGCAGUUUUGUCACCUGGCCAGUGAUCCUACAAUGCAUUUGUUGUUCUAAGAGGCUCCAUAGAAAAGUCUCCAAUAACUCUAUCUGUAUGGGACACACCUACUCGCUGCACUGAAUGUCACGGGGCCAGACUCGCACUGCUCACUGCCUUAGAGGUGCAGCACCAAUAUAGCUCAGUGAUGUGUGCUGACAGCAGACCCUCAGUCCUUCCUUCUCCCUAGUUUAUAUCACGUAGCCAUCUCGCCAUCUCGUCAAGCCCACAGAAAUCUGGAGAAGAGCUUGGUGAGACUGAGGUCCGAGGUCUGGCCACAUGAUAACGCUAGUCUACCUUCUUAACACCCCGUUUGACCUCACACACACUGCCCUUGUGGACUUUGUCAUUCACUUUCAUUCAUUUAAACAGGUGACAAAUACACAACUUUACCCGCACUCUACAGGACCACUGUAGAAAAAAUGCCCUAAAAAAAAGCUUAAUGUCUAUAAUAAUAAUAAUUGUCCAUAUCUUGCUGUAAUAUAAGCUCACUUCUUCCUUCACUUUUCAUCUUCCUCCUCUUCGUUUGUCCUCUGUCCACCCAUCAAACCUCAACUCACAAAGAUGCUGUUAGGUCACACACGAGCGUAAAAGACACUUGUGCAUUAGAAUUUUCUUUCUUUUGUUUUGUACAGUCAAAAAAAAAAGUAAAAAAACAAGAAAACAUCACGUGUUUUGGGGCAAAUGUUCCAGACAUAUGUAGCAACCUUGUGGCCGUCAGACCCGCCACGCAUUAUUUCUUUCUAAAUCUUUAAGAGGUACGAGAUUUUAGUUUGUCUGUACAUCAUGAUUAGAACUGUUUGGCUGUGGUUUGUUGUUUUAUUUCAUGACAUUGUGAUUCCUAGUGACUAGGCCAUUAGUACACCACACUGGGGAGGCCUCCUCAACCAUACACACUACCUCUCCGUCUGCCUACACAGACUCAAACACUGAAAUGCAUGAACACGUGCACUCAACGUGCCAGGCUGCAGCACAGCAGAUUGACAGAUUGUAGAAAAGAAAAAUCUGGAUUAAACAUCUUCGCAUCUCACUAAUGUUUGUAUCUUGAACCCAAAGUGACAAAUGAUUUGUGGCAGUGCUUUUAGUUUGCCAAAGUAGCCUAGAUUCGGGCUAGUGUGUUAUUAUUGGGUUGCAGCUGAAUUGUUUCUGCACUAUGCUAUGUUUUUUUACACCAUGCUUUUGAAGCAGCAGCGAUAUAGUACUGUGUUUAAAAAGAUGUUCCACCAACCUCCCCUCGAGAUGCCCAACACACGGCUAAUAAUCAGGUGCCAAAAUUCAGCGCUGUUUGCCACGUACUUUCCACAUUGAUUUAAUCCAUCAAAGCAGGUGUUUGUGUAUUAUUCUCACUGAUUAGUAUGGCCUGCAGUUACCAUGGAAGGAGUGUUGUUCAGAUGGCCUCUUUAAGUGCAAGUAUGUUAUUGUUGUUAUUGAUAAUCACUUGAUCUGGGUUUAUUUUGUAACGUGGAAAUGGUUCAAAACUGGAUUUUUUAAAUAUAUAUGUAUAUGAAUAUAAUGCUGUAAAGUGCAGUCAUGAAUUAAGAGAUUUCUCUUUCACAUCAAUACAGUAAAAAGAAUAAACCCACAGUGAAAUGAA